ACAGGCGCAGGAGAAAGAGAUCGCUCCAAACAAGUUCUCUUCGCCUCACUUCUCUUCCACAAGCCAGGUUUUAGUCCUUGACUUCCUACCCUCCACCCACUCCCUGUCUCCCAGCUCCUCCUGGUUACCUCUCUCCAAACUCUGGACUUUUCCUAUUCCAGGGCAGCUCAAAUCCUGCAGGGGACUGGGAACAGGUCCUCCCCGCAGCUGCCCCACAUCACCCAGGGAAGGAGUUGCUCCUCAGAGAAGCCAGAUGGGGAAUGAGUGUCUCCCUGAGGGGGCUGGAUGGGACCCCAAAGGGCUGAACCCCCAAACCCUCUUUUCCUGCCCCUGCCCACUCCAGGGGACACUGUUGCUUCUCAGCAGUAUCUGUGUGAAUAGCAGAGGGAGGAAGAGCUCACCCCAGCUGGGCUCCUGAGCCGGGGCCAGGGCUCCGGUGAAACCCGCUGCUUGCUCCGCAGGGCCAUCCCGCAUGCUUAAUCGGCUAUUUAAGGAGCUAUUCGCCAGCAACCCAGGCCACCCCCCUCCCCACGUACACCCGUCCAGAGCCACCUUAAAAGCAGAAGGCAAUUGUGAAGUCGCUGGCCAGAAAGUGGAGUGAAGACUGCAGAGGGAGAUAAAAAAAGCAGAGGGCAGAAAGAGAGGCAGCAAGACUUGUCCUGGGAACCAGAAAUUCACAGUACCCCACUGAAAACCAAAUCCCCUGGCAGCCCGCAGAAACAAAAAAAAAAACAACCAGAGAAAGAGAUCAAUACACUCAACUCCAGGAACCUCCUCUUCUCUCUCUCUCUCCCUCUCUCCCCACACCUCCCUCUCCCCUCCACCUCCCCCCACCACCCCGCCCUAGUCCUCUUGUCCCCUAGUCCCCAAACUCCCAGUACCUUGUGCUCCUUCCGAGGAUACCAUGUUGCUUUUCACCCUCCUGCUAGAGGUGAUUUGGAUCCUGCCUGCAAACGGGGGCCCACAUGGUCAAGACCAUUGGCCAGCCUCUUACCCUGAGUGUGGAAGCAAUGCCCAGUCUCCCAUCAAUAUCCAGACAGACAGUGUGACUUUUGACCCUGAGUUGCUCGUUCUGCAGCCCCAUGGAUAUGAACAGCCUGGCACCGAGCCUUUGGACCUGCACAAUAAUGGCCACACAGUGCAACUCUCUCUGCCCCCAACUCUGUAUCUGGAGGGACUUCCCAGAAAAUAUGUAGCUGCCCAGCUCCACCUGCACUGGGGUCAGCGAGGAUCCCCGCGGGGCUCAGAGCACCAGAUCAAUGGCGAAGCCACAGCUGCAGAGCUCCACAUUGUACAUUAUGAUUCCGAGUCCUACGAUAGCUUGAGUGAGGCUGCUCAGAGGCCUCAGGGCCUGGCUGUCUUGGGCAUCCUGAUUGAGGUGGGUGAGACCAAGAAUCCAGCUUAUGAACACAUUCUGAGUCACUUGCAUGAAAUCAGGCAUAAAGAUCAGAAGACCUCAGUGCCGCCGUUCAACGUGAGAGAGCUGCUCCCCCCUCUGCUGGCGCAGUUCUUCCGGUACAAUGGCUCUCUCACCACACCCCCCUGCUACCAGAGUGUGCUCUGGACGGUCUUCAGUCGAAGAGCCCAGAUCUCGAUGGGACAGCUGGAAAAGCUCCAGGAGACUUUGUUCUCCACAGAAGAAGAGACUUCUAAGCUCCUGGUGCAGAACUACCGAGCCCCCCAGCCUCUCAAUCAGCGAGCAGUCUUUGCUUCUUUCAUCCAAGUGGGAUCCUUGUAUACCACAGGUGAAAUGCUGAGUCUAGGAGUGGGAAUCUUGGUUGGCUGUCUCUGCCUUCUGCUGGCCCUUUAUUUCAUCAUUAGAAAGAUUCGGACUAGUCAUUUCCAUGAACCAUUCACCCUUCCAGGAAGAAGAGACUGGGAAACCGGAAAAGUGUGGUCUUCACCUCAGCACGAGCCACUGAGGCAUAGACUCCUUCUCGGACACCAUAGAUGCCUUCCCCUCGCCUAUUAGGGAGCUUGUAAAGUGGUGUGUUGGGACUGGCCAGAAAAUCCUGUAGGAAUAGGCCAACACCCCUCCUUCCUCCAGGCAGCCCCUACAGAGGUGUGGACAGGCUCUUGUUCAAGGAAGAACAACAGAGCCAUGAGCCUCUCAAAACAUACAGGAGAUCAGGAGACCCCCAUGUUGACAAUGCAGCAGGCAAACUGUGCUUAGGGGAUGCUGGGGAUGUGUCCCAAAGUCCCCCACCUCCUCAUCUUUAUAUUGCUGUCCCUAGAUAGAGUGCAGGACCUCCCCUGAGGAAAAAGAGUUGCUGUUGUUGGGGUUGUUUUUUUGCUCAAUAUAUUUGGAAAUUAAAGUUUCUGACCCCACUUCUGGCCUUACCUUUGGGGCUUUUUAGA